GCAGAAGUGUAUCGUGAUCUUCGCUCUGGUCUGCUGCUUCGCCGUUCUGGUCGCGCUGAUCUUUUCAGCUGUGGACAUCAUGGGAGAGGACGAGGACGGACUCUCGGAGAAGAAUUGCCAAAAUAAAUGUCGAAUCGCUCUUGUGGAAAACAUUCCUGAAGGCCUUAACUACUCUGAAGAUGCCCCAUUUCACUUACCGCUCUUCCAAGGCUGGAUGAACUUACUCAACAUGGCCAAAAAGUCUGUCGACAUAGUGUCUUCCCAUUGGGACCUCAACCACACCCACCCAUCCGCAUGUCAGGGUCAACGUCUCUUUGAGAAAUUGCUCCAGCUGACGUCGCAAAAUAUCGAAGUCAAGCUGGUGAGCGAUGUGACUGCAGAUUCAAAGGUAUUAGAAGCCUUGAAGUUAAAGGGCGCUGAGGUGACAUACAUGAACAUGACCGCCUACAACAAGGGCCGGCUGCAGUCGUCCUUCUGGAUUGUGGACAAACAGCACGUGUACAUCGGCAGCGCAGGCUUAGACUGGCGAUCGCUUGGACAGAUGAAAGAACUCGGUGUCAUCUUCUACAACUGCAGCUGCCUGGUCCUAGAUUUACAGAGGAUAUUCGCUUUAUAUAGCUCAUUAAAAUUCAAGAGCAGAGUACCUCAGACCUGGUCCAAGAGACUCUAUGGAGUCUAUGACAACGAAAAGAAGCUUCAGCUCCAAUUGAACGAAACCAAGUCGCAGGCCUUUGUGUCGAACUCUCCCAAACUCUUUUGCCCUAAAAACAGAAGCUUUGACAUCGAUGCCAUCUACAGCGUGAUUGAUGAUGCCAAACAGUAUGUGUACAUUGCUGUCACGGACUACCUGCCAAUCUCCAGCACGAGCACCAAAAGGACUUACUGGCCAGAUUUAGAUGGGAAAAUAAGAGAAGCGUUAGUUUUACGAAGCGUUAAAGUCCGGCUGCUCAUAAGCUUUUGGAAGGAGACUGAUCCCCUCACGUUUAACUUCAUUUCGUCUCUUAAGGCUAUUUGCACUGAAAUAGCCAACUGCAGUUUGAAAGUUAAAUUUUUUGAUCUGGAAAGAGAGAACGCUUGUGCAACAAAAGAACAAAAGAACCAGACCUUUCCCAAAUUAAACCGCAACAAGUACAUGGUGACAGAUGGAGCCGCUUACAUUGGAAAUUUUGACUGGGUGGGGAAUGACUUUACCCAGAAUGCUGGCACGGGCCUUGUCAUCAACCAGGCAGAUGUGAGAGACAACAGGAGCAUCAUUAAGCAACUUAAAGACGUGUUUGAGAGGGACUGGUAUUCACCUUAUGCCAAAUCCAUACAGCCAACCAAACAGCCGAACUGUUCAAACCUGUCCAAACUCAAGUCUCCCUCCAAGCAACCUGCUAUUUACAACGCCACGGGGAAGGAGCCCCUGAGUGUAUAGCUCACUGAGACAAGCAAGGCUUCAGACCAAAUGCAGGAAGGACUAGAGGAAAGACGACGAUUUGUUACAUCUUUUUUUUUAAAGGGGAAAUUAAAAAGCACACUUAUUAAAAAUGUUCUCUGAAUGACAUGUAAUAUCUAGCUACCAACAUCUUAGCACCGUAUAUUAAAUUUAAGCCUUUUGUAUCUAUGAGCUCUGACAGAGAAUGUUGUUCUGGCGUAGGAGUUAGUUUCUAACGACUGCAAACACAUUUUACCACUUGGUUCUUGUCUCCUGAUUCUUACGGUUUUAGAGCCUUUUCUGCUGACCCACCUGCACUGAUUUUAAGAAGCAUAGCAUGAGGUGAGCUCUUUCCUUUAAUAGUGCUGAACUCUGGGAUUAGAGGAAAGGAGGAGAAGACAUAGACAGAACCAAGCACCUGCCUUGAUACAUCAUCUCUGAGACCUAUCCAGGCAGCUGAGCACAGGCGUCCCCAUUUCACACCCGCCUUCAAGACUCCUGAAAAACACUCCUUUUUGUCCCCUUGUUCCUUGUCUUCUGAUGCCAGGCUGUUUUGGGUAUCAGUGCUAGUUAGUUCAAAGAGUGCGAAUGUCUGGGGGAACAAUAUAUGAAUUCCCCAGAAUAUAUACAAAAUGGAAAUCAGUCUUUCACUUUCUCCUUUCAAUUACGUUUCUCCCAUCCCAAAUUGGUUACUUUUAAAACACACACACACACACACACACACACACACACACACACACACACACAACAUAUAACACACACACAACAUACA